AUGUUCGAAGCAAAGUUAAUUCAAGCCAGUUUGUUAAAAAAGAUUCUUGAACCAAUCAAGGAUCUCGUAGAGUCUGCCAACUUUGAUUGUAGUCCAUCGGGUAUCUCCUUACAAGCAAUGGACUCUGCACACGUCACCCUCAUCAACUUGUUGUUGCGUACCGACGGUUUUGAAACAUACAACUGUGAACGUUCACUCUCUUUGGGUCUCUCGAUCAACGCUCUCUCCAAGGCAUUGAAGUGCGCCGGUAACGACGACACCCUCACCAUGAAGGCACGUGACGAACCAGAUACCCUUUCCUUAUAUUUCGAAUCACCAAAGAAUGACAGAGUUUGUGAUUUCGAAAUUAAAUUGUUGGAUUUGGGUAAUGAUCAAUACACUAUCCGUGACACAGAGUAUGCUGCCGUCAUUAAGAUGCCAUCAUCAGAGUUACAGAGAAUCUGCAGAGAUCUCUCCACUCUUGGUGAAGUCGUUACUAUCUGUGCCAACAAGGAGGGUGUCAAGUUCUCGACUAGCGGUGACGUCGGUAGUUUCAAUAUCACUGUUAGACCAACCACCGAUUCCUCUGCCAAAUCGGAAGACUCUAUCACCAUCGAAUCCAAAGAGCCAAUCACCCUCAACUUUUCACUCAAGUUCCUCACCCACUUUACCAAGGCCACCCCAUUGUCACCAACCGUCAAGAUCAAGAUGACCGACAGCGCUCCAGUAGUCGUCGAGUACAACAUUGAAGAUUUGGGUUACUUGAGUUUCUUCUUGGCUCCAAAGUUAGAGUAA